AUGUCAUAUGUCUGCAAAAAUUUGGAUUUCUUGUGCAACUUAAUGGCUGUGACUCUUGCAAAACACCAUGACACCCCUCCAUUUGCUGAUCACAAAGAUCUACACAGUGUCAUAGAUGCAAUGGAGCUUGGGGAUGUCCCGUGGCAAUCUUUCUCUGUUCAAUACUCAGGAGAACGACCCGAGGUUGUCCCACCAUGGAUGAACAAUGAAUUCAAGGUCUGGUAUAGGGACCCCCGUGCAAUGGCGCACAAUAUACUUGCCAACCCUACAUACAAGGACAAAAUUGACCAUGUGCCAUUUUGUGAAUAUGAUGUGUUGGACGACAUGUGCCGAUGGAAAGAUUUCAUGUCCAGAGACUGGGCAUGGCAACAGGCAGACAUUAUAUCAAAAGAUCUGGAAACACAUGGAUCUGCUUUGGUCCCAAUCAUUCUCGGUAGUGACAAGACUACCAUCUCUGUGGGCACUGGUAAUAACGAAUACUAUCCCCUCUAUGCCUCUAUCGGUAAUGUACACAACAAUGUACGACGUGCGCACCGUGAUGCUCUUGUCAUCAUUGGGUUCCUCGCCAUACCCAAAACCUACAAGGAGCACUCUAAAGACGAUGUAUUUUGGAUGUUUCACCAUCAACUAUUCCACAGUUCGCUAUCCGUGAUUCUCUCCAGCCUAAAACCUGUUAUGACCAAGUAUGAGGUCGUGCGCUGUGGAGACGGUCAUUUUGACGCAUCAUAUAUAGAGGAGCAACUGGUACUAUCUUGCGUUGUCAGACAUUGGUGCCCAAAAUGUAUCACAGUUCGUACAGACCUUGAUGGUGAUGGGGUGUACUGUUCUCGUGAGCACAAUGACUUCUUGAUCGAAGAACUAAGUGCAGAUAUAUUGUGGGAUAAAUAUGGUCUUGUUGAUGAUCUCAUCCCAUUCACCAACAACUUCCCUCGAGCUGAUAUUUAUGAGCUGCUGUCAUUUGACCUCCUCCACCAGAUAAUUAAAGGUGCUUUCAAGGACCAUCUUGUCGACUGGGUAGCAAAGUAUUUUAAGGCUGUGCAUGGGACCAGACAGUUGGAGGAGAUUAUGAGUGACAUAGAUUGCAGAAUUGCUGCUGUAGCAUCAUUCUCUGGUCUACGACAAUUUCCUCAAGGUCGCAACUUUAAACAGUGGACGGGCGACAAUUCAAAAGUGCUCAUGAAGGUAUUCCUUCCAGCUAUUGAAGGUCAUGUACCUCAAGACAUGGUGCAUGCAUUUCGUGCAUUGCUAGAAUUUUGCUAUCUUGUCUGGCGCAAUGUUGUCACUGAAGAUACCUUGACUCAAAUUCAAGAUGCACUUCAUCAUUUCCAUUAUUAUCGCAAGAUAUUUGAUAUCAUUGUUCCUACCUUCUCACUCCCCUCUAUAUAUGUGCUAUCUAUGACCUCGGACACCUCUGCAGGACCCCUGGCACCCAUCACUGCCAAACCCAACCGUUACAACAUGGACAUGAUCAGACUCUUUGGUGCCCUGAAUGGACUGUGCUCAUCAAUUACAGAAUCAAAACACAUCAAGGCGGUAAAGGAGCCCUGGCGGUGGUCAAGCAGGCACAAUGCUCUUGGUCAGAUGCUUGUGACCAAUCAGCGCCUUGACAAGCUUGCAGUGUCCCAUGUGGACUUUGAUGCACGGGGAAUACUCACUGGCACUAUUCUAUCAAGUACUUUAACUGCUAUUGUAAUGGAUGCUGAUGAUGACAAUGAAAUAGUUAAUGAUCCAACAGUGCUUGCUUGUGUAGCACUCGCCAAAACUCCCCCACAGACAGUAGCAACAUUGGCAAAGGAAGUCGAUCUCAAUCCGGAUGAUACCUGCGACCCCGAAUAUAUACCAGCUCUUAACUUGCCUCGACACAAAGGCAAGCUUCAGGUCUUCAAUUCCGCUGCAGCAAUGUUUUAUGCUCCCAGUGAUCCGAGCGGUUUUGGGAUGCGAAGACUCGAAGUUGUGAGAGUCAUAUGUUUCUUUUCUUUCUUUCACAGAUGGGAAGUAUAUCCAUGCACCCUUGUCCAAUGGUUUGAGAAGAUUGGUGAUUGUCCCAAUGAAGACACUGGCAUGUGGAUGGAUGGCUCAAGGAACCUGGCUGUUAUUCAUAUUGAGACAGUCUUCCAUGCAGCACACCUGACACCUAUCUAUGGUUCAAGCCCCUUCAGUGACAAAUUCCAUAUUAUACGGGCCACCCGACCUCCAUAA